AUGCUUUCUAUACUCAAUCCAACCACUAUUCUCAGCGCUUUGGCGGCGUUGCCGAUGCUCACGUCUGCGUCGCCUACAGGUGCCAUACCAGCUGGACCGCAGUUUGCCAAGAGAGAGAUCAGCUGCAACUCCAACUAUGAAGGCUACGCCUUUCUCUACUUCAGCAACCGUGAUGAAAACAUUUAUCUGGCUGCCAGCAACGGGAAUGACGCCCUGUCCUUCACAGAGCUCAACAAUGGCAAGCCCAUCUUGACAUCUACUAAAGGCGACGGUGGAGUCCGCGACCCCUUCAUCUUGAGGUCGCAUGAGGGAGACAAAUUCUAUAUCCUCGCGACUGAUCUUUGCAUCGGCUGCGGUACGAGCUGGGGUGACGCUCAGCGCUUUGGUAGUCGAUAUCUCGAGAUCUGGGAGUCAAAGGACCUCAUCACGUGGAGUGCCCAGCGUCAUGUUGAGGUUUCGCCGGAUAAUUACGGCAAUACGUGGGCACCCGAGGCUUAUUAUGAUGACGACCUCGAGACCUAUGUUGUCUACUGGGCGUCUGGCAUAUAUGACAAUGAGGCAAACCCCAAUCACGAUCCCAUCGAGUACCAGCGUAUGGUAUACGCUACCACGGAUGACUUUGUUACGUUCAGUGAGCCAAAGAUCUGGCAAGAUGAACCGCCGAAUGGUCGGAUUGACUCCACGGUUAUCAAGGAAGAUGGAGUCUACUAUCGUUUCACAAAGGCUACGAUCAAUGGCUGUGCCGAUAUUGUGCAGGAAAGCAGUACCUCGUUGACUGCGGGCUUGGACGACUGGCAUCAGAUAGCAAGCUGUAUCGGAAAGAACGCAGGAACGGAAGAGGUGGAGGGCCCUUCGAUCUUCAGGACCAACUGCAAGGAUGUCAAUGGUGCUAGGUAUAUCCUGCUUGCUGAUGAGUUUGGCGGUAAUGGCUAUGUUCCACUUGAGUCAAGUGAUCUUGCUGGUGGGAACUGGACACUGCGAACAGGUUACAAAUACCCCGAGUCUCCUCGUCAUGGCACGAUUAUUCCCCUGACUUUAGAGGAGUUGGAAGGUAUCCAGAAGGCUUUUGCCAACACAGAUUGA